UACCAUUUUGAAUACACGGAAUGUGAUAGCAGCGGAUCCAGAUGGAGAGUAGCAGUCCCAAAUCCAGGAGCUGAGUGCUCGGGUUUGCCUGAUCCUGUCAAGGGGAAGGAAUGCACUUUUUCUUGUGCUUCUGGUGAAUAUCUAGAAAUGAAGAACCAGGUUUGCAGUAAAUGUGCCGAAGGGACUUAUUCGUUGGGAAGCGGAAUCAAAUUUGAUGAAUGGGAUGACCUGCCUGCAGGAUUCUCGAAUGUAGCAACGUACAUGGAUACUGCUGUUGGCUCAGCUGAGAGUAAAGCAGAUAGCUGUGCCAAAUCUUCGUGGACUCCUCGUGGAAAUUACAUUGAGUCAAACAGGGAUGACUGCACUGUCUCUUUAAUCUACACUGUCCAUCUGAAGAAGUCUGGUUCUGUCAUCUUUGAAUAUCAGUAUAUUGACAACAACAUCUUCUUUGAAUUUUUCAUUCAAAAUGACCAGUGCCAGGAGAUGGACUCCACCAGCGAUAAGUGGGUGAAAUUAACAGAUAAUGGUGAAUGGGGCUCCUAUUCUGUAACAUUGAAAUCAGGUACUAAUAUAUUGUACUGGAGAACAACCGGGAUACUUAUGGGUUCGCAGGUGGUAAAGCCCGUACUUGUGAAAAACAUCACAAUUGAAGGGGUGGCCUAUACCUCUGAAUGCUUUCCUUGCAAGCCUGGCACAUUUAGCAAUAAACCAGGGUCUUCCAUGUGUGAGGUCUGUCCAAGAAACACCUACUCAGAAAAGGGUGCUAAGGAAUGCACUAAGUGUCCAGAAUCAACACAUUAUUCAGAUGAAGGAUCAAGCCAGUGUCUGGAGCGUCUUCCUUGCUCAAAUAAAGACUUUUUCCAAAUCCAUACUCCUUGUGAUAGGGAUGGAAAAACUCAGCUCAUGUAUAAAUGGGUAGAGCCUAAGAUCUGCCGGGAGGAUGUUUCCAAAGCAGUGAGACUACCUCCUUCAGGAGAAAGGAAGGAAUGUCCACCUUGCAAUCCUGGUUUCUACAACAAUGGCUCAUCCUUUUGCACUCCUUGUCCAUCAGGGAUGUUUUCUGAUGGAACUCAGGACUGCAAGCCCUGUCCUGCUGGCACUGAGCCAGUGCUGGGGCUGGAAUAUAAGUGGUGGAAUGUACUGCCUCUCAACAUGAAGACCUCUUGUUUCAAUGUUGGAAAUUCAAAAUGUGAUGGGAUGAAUGGCUGGGAAGUUGCUGGUGACCACAUCCAGAGUGGAGCAGGAGGCACCGAUAAUGACUAUCUCAUUGUGAAUCUUCAUGUACCAGGAUUUAAGCCUCCCACAUCAGUAACAGGAGUGAUGGGCUCAGAACUGGGACGGAUCACUUUUGUGUUUGAGACCACUUGCUCUGCAGAUUGUGUGCUCUACUUCAUGGUGGACAUAAAUAAAAAGAGCACAAACGUUGUGGAAUCAUGGAGUGGAGCUAAGGGGAAGCAGUCAUACGCCCAUAUAAUUUCCAAGAAUGCUUCAUUUACAUUCACGUGGGCUUUCCAGAGAACCAAUCAAGGGCAAGAUAACAGGAAGCUCAUCAACGACGUGGCCAAGAUCUACUCGAUUACUGUGACCAAUGCAGUUGAUGGUGUGGCCUCAUCCUGCCGGGCCUGUGCUAUUGGUUUAGAACAGUCUGGCUCCUCCUGCAUCCCCUGCCCUAUUGGGCACUACAUAGAGAAGGAAACCAACCAGUGCCAAGAGUGUCCUUCCAAUACAUACCUCUCUAUCCAUCAAGCCUAUGGGGAAGAAGCCUGUGUCCCUUGUGGACCUGGAAGCCAAAGCACCAAGGACCGUUCUGCAUGCUGUAGUGACUGCACGUUCUCCUAUAUCAAGAACAACCAAAGCCUGACUUAUGAUUUUAGUAGUCUGAGCAGAGUGGGCUCAUUAAUGAAUGGACCAAGCUUUACAGCAAGAGGCACAAAAUUCUUCCAUUUCUUCAAUAUCAGCCUGUGUGGACAUCAAGGAGAAAAGAGAGCAAUUUGUGCAGACAAUAUAACUGAUAUCACGCUGAAGGAUAUGGUUGCUGAGUCAGAAGAUUAUUCCAAUGUCGUGAGGGCUUUUGUCUGCCAGUCGACCAUCAUCCCACCUGACAGCAAGGGUUUCCGCACUGCUUUGGCGCUCCAGUCCAACAGCCUGGCUGACGUGUUCCUUGGAGCAACUGUUGAGACUACACUGGGAAAUAUUAAUAUUAAGCCAGAAAUGUUUCAGCAUUCUGAAAGAAAAAUACCUGAUGUGCAUUUCUAUUACAAGUCUUCAGGAGUUACAGCUACUUGUGAAAAUGGGCGUGCUUCUGUUGUGACAAUGAGGUGCAAUCCCACAAAACUUGGUCAGGGAGAAAUUUCAGUUCCCAGUUCUUGUCCUGCAGGUACUUGUGAUGGAUGUAUAUUCCACUUCUUGUGGGAAAGUGCAGAAGCUUGUCCCAUGUGCACAGAGCAGGACUAUCAUGAGAUUGAGAGUGCUUGUAAAAAAGGACACCAGGAAACCUUAUAUGUCUGGAACGAACCAAAGUUAUGUAUAAAAGGGGUUUCCUUGCCUGAAAAAAAGAUCAUAAUCUGUGAAACAGUGGAUUUCUGGCUGAAAGUUGGUGCAGGGGUUGGUGCUUUCACAGGAGUACUGCUCAUUGCCUUAACUUGCUAUUUCUGGAAGAAGAACCAGAAAUUAGAGUAUAAAUAUUCUAAACUGGUGAUGACCGCGAAUUCGAAAGAGUGUGAACUUCCUGCUGCGGAUAGCUGUGCUAUCAUGGAAGGGGAAGACAAUGAAGAAGAAAUAGUGUAUUCAAAUAAACAGUCAUUACUAGGAAAACUCAAGUCACUGGCCACUAAGGAAAAAGAAGACCGCUUUGAAUCUGUCCAGCUGAAAUCCUCCAGAUCUCAAAAUAUAUGAAGAUUCGGUUUUGCCCUUUGAGCCUGAUUUCUAUUUCCAGGGGACCAAUUUUUCAACUCGGGCUGGCCCACAUCUGAGGGAUAGCUUCCUGUGAGAAACAUUGAGUGAUCCCAGGUGGACAAAGAGAGCAGCAGACAAACAGAAGAAAAAAGAAGAUGCUGCCUUAUUGGGAGACUAAGUUGCCAAAAGCAAAGCAAGGCCUUUGCAUCCUAAAACCGGGGUGAACUUCAACUCAGGGAGCAAGGAAGCAUGAACGUUGUAGCCCGUUGUGUUGGCUCCAGAGGCAGAAAAUCUGCAUGCCACCUCCCUGAAUGUAGCAAGAAAUUAAGAAAUGGACAGUUUUUUUGCCCUCCCUGACCCCUCUGUUUCCACUUCUGUUCCAGAUGUGGCUUCACUCUGUCCUGAGAGAGAGGCCAUACCUGACGUGAGGUAGAGACCUACCUGCGCAUUGCUCUGGCAUGGCCGAUGCUUCUUCUUGGUAUCCCUUAAGUUCCCUGCUGUCACAGAAAUGAAACUGCUUGCGUUUUAGAAAGUUUUCUCAGUGCCGUGACCAGACUCUGCUGAUGCGCUGUGGUUGCGGCAUUGAGUUUUCUUCUUGAAAUUGAAACAUCAAUCAAUACUUGAAACAGAAGAACUGUGGAUGGUUCCAGUCUCAUCUUUGAAAAGGUUUCUUUCUAAUCUUUGGAAAGGAACGUGCUUGUCAUAAAAAGUGGUAGGGUCUUGCUUAAGAUUGGGGAUCUAGUUUCCCACUGCAGAACCAGUUUCUCUAGUUGCAGAUAUGUCUAGUGCAUGGUUGCACGCAAGAAUUGGCGCUCUCAAGGAUAGAAAUGUCAUUCUCUACAUCAGUGUUGUCCAAACUUGGCCGCUUU